AUGGCUGUCCGCAAUAUCCCUCCCGAAACAGUUAUUAUCGGCAUUGAUUUGGGUUUAACUCAUACAGGAGUCGCAUUUUCGUCUAUAGACAUGGAGGCUCCACUUGACGUGGAUAGAUGGCCAGGACAGAAGGAGGUAGCGAAGAAAGUGCCCACGAAACUCUGGUAUCGUGCAGGCUGCAAGACACCCAUAUCAUGGGGAUUCGACGAACCUGAUGAGCUACAUCCUGGAAUGGAUGUGGUGGAUUGCUUUAAAUUAUACCUUGACCCUGGUUUCCAGCCUGGUGGCUCCGAGAACAGCGCUGAGGUGUUCUGGACACAUGAGGAUGUUCAAACAUGGUUUAUCGAUUUUUUGACCGCCCUUCGACAACACAUUAUCCAGUAUAUAAGACAUACAGACCAAUUAGCUGACCAGGUGGUGGGCGAAUGGAAAUUCCACCCAGUGGAAUAUAUUUUUAGUUUCCCGACAACCUGGCAAAACCCAAAGGUGGUUGAUGCCUUUCGCAGAAUUGUGAGGAGUUCGGGUUUUGGAGACUGUGAAGCCCACUCAGUGGAAAUUAAGUUGACCGAAGCUGCGGCGGCCGCAGUUUACUCAGCAAAAAACUUUAAAAAUCAGCGGGCAGUCCAAAGCCACAAAGGAAGGAGGCAGCUAGCAGUUGGAAAAGCGGAGCGCGUUCGAGACGGCAACGUUAUUCUUAUUUGUGAUGCUGGAGGAGGAACAACUGAUGUAUCCGUCCUUAAAGUUUUAUCAACUGAAAAAUUUGAAAUCCGAGGCCAGGUUGAAGAGGUACUUCAGUUGGAGCAACUCGACUACGUUAAUGGACGAGCACUUGGUUCUGUGCAGAUUGACCAGGCUUUCCAAAGGGAAAUCGAAACCCGUUUGAAAAAGAUCGAUUACAAAAGUGGCGACAGCCGUUGGUCUCCGAAAUCUGCCGCACGAAGUUUGACAAAAGGCGAUUUUCAGACUAUCAAGCAUAACUAUGGGUACCAAAUAGUCGCAUCCUUAGACACAAAUGCCCCCCGCGUCCCCGGACUCCCAAAAUCCUAUGACAACCCAGAAGCAGGCUUCAAGAACGGAAGGAUAAUAUUGACGGACUCUGAUAUCCGCUGGUUGUUUGACGAACAAAUCCAACGGAUCUUUGGGAUGAUUGAUGAGCAGCUUGAACGUAUAGAAGAUAUCACACCCCCAGUGGAAGUGACGCAUGUUGUCCUUUCCGGAGGGCUCGGCUCCUCUCCCUACGUUCAAGAUUGCUUUAAAAUAAACUAUGGCUACGGAAAGGCAGCCAAACAGAUUUUGAUUUCAGAGGAUCCUCAACUAGCGGUCUGCCGCGGUCUUGUAAUCGACCGAAUUCAUCGUUUGAGACAUGGACACUCUGUCCUAUCUACUCGCUGUAGUUCAAUCUCCUACGGUAUAGUGGUCAACAAUAGAGUUCGUGGGAGCCAAACCCCCCCCGGCUUCAAUGGCAAUGUGGAAAUAAGCCCAUAUAACGGGAAGCGAUAUAUCGUCAACCAAAUCCAAUGGCUUAUCGAACGCGAUCAGAUUAUCCAGCACCAAGAUAUACGGCGUAAAUUCGAUCGUGUUUUUGAAGCGACUAAUUCUGGGAUCGCCUGGAAAACUUUGAUCGCCAUGUCGAGGUCACCUGCUAAGCGCCUCCCACAAACCAUCAACCAAGGAGAUGCCGACGUGAAAUGUACAAUUGAGUCAUAUGUGGACAGGGAAUUCCUACGACAGCACGCCCAACCUGUUAAGCAGAGACGGUGGAGUUCGAGCCGAAAACCAGAACUUCAGAAAAUACAGUAUGAAGUGCGUUUAUGCAUCGCGUCAUCAUACGUGACGUUCGAAGUCUGGUUGGGGGAUCGAGUGGUCGGGAAGAGUGAGGAGAUUCACAUCGCUUGGCAGUAUACGAGUGAGGACGAGAGUGACCGGCAGGUGACGCCAACUGAAUAUCCGGUGGAUUGGUCAAAUUAUGGACGUGCAAAGGUGGCUAAAGGUAGCCCUUGGCCCAUAUUUCUUCGUUGA